AGAGCCCAACCCCAAUUCAAGCCCAUACGCCUUGACACUUGUGUUUAUCCACGCUCAGAACAAUCGUCCGCUCCGUUAUUUUCUGUCUCGUUUCGCACCGACCCACGCGCGCCCACCCUGGGAGUGACGUCGCCUAUAAAGCCGGGAUGAAAAUCGGGAGUUUAAUGAGAGCGCGCGAGCCCUUGCCGUCCGGCAGCAGCAGCAGCAGCAGCAGGAGCAGGAGCGCACAGUGACAGCACACCGCUAGGGAGAGAAGAGCCAGUGGAGAUCUAGAAAGAGCCAGUAGCUAACGUAGAAGGUGGAAUGCGACUGAACAGCAUUGUAUGGUCGUUUGCUGUCAGUUUCCUCUGACUAACAUUGUUGGCUCGAGCAGAACCGGUGGAAACUGUGGCUGGAAAUUCAAGAAUAUCGGGAACAUUCUCGUGUGUCCAGAACACUAUUUACCACCUGGCUUUUAUUUUUCUUCUCCUCGUGUUGGCCGCUCGUGACAAAAUUGUAUUUGGAAGCCUUGACUCAGUCCGGAGCAUCAUCUACGUUUCAGCGGAAUUUUAACAAGUCUAUCCGUGUAACGAAACAAAGUGUAAAGUGAAGCUUUUCCUUUGUGCUUUAUGGGAUUAUUCCGAAGGAAGCGGCUUUGUUUUGGAUAAGAACCGUUUGGCAUCAUGAGUUCCAGUGGAACACAUCAGCAAGGCACUGCCGCCGGGGGGCGCGGUGCCAGCUCUGGAUCAAUCAGGUGCCAGCGUUGCCGGGAGGUGUGCAAGGGGGAGGUGGUGCGAGUUCAGGACACCCACUUCCACGUCAAGUGCUUCACCUGCACAGUGUGCAACUGCGACCUGGCCCGCUCUGGGUUCUUCCAAAAGAAGGGCGAGUACGUGUGCACGGCGGACUACCAGAGGCUGUACGGCACGCGCUGCGACCGCUGCGGCGGCUUCAUCACCGGGGAGGUGGUGUCCGCGCUGGGCCGCACCUACCACCCCCGCUGCUUCGUCUGCAGCCUCUGCAGGAAACCCUUUCCCAUUGGAGACAGAGUGACCUUCAGCGGAAAAGACUGUGUGUGCCAACAGUGCUCACACACCCUGGUCAAACCAAAUGAACCAAUCAGGAUCCAUGGACCCAGUCACUGUGCGGGGUGUGGGGAUGAGAUCAAGCAGGGCCAGUCUCUCCUGGCGCUAGAGAAGCAGUGGCACGUCAGCUGCUUCAGGUGCCAUACCUGCAGCAUCGCUCUCACUGGGGAGUACAUCAGCAAGGACGGAGUGCCGUACUGCGAGACCCACUACCACGCCCAGUUCGGGGUGAAAUGUGAGACGUGUUGCAGAUACAUCAGUGGGCGGGUUCUGGAGGUAAGGAUGGAGAUGCGGGACUGGCAGGGGAAACAGGGUGGAUGGAUCUAA